UACAACUGUCGUUCUUCACACAACUGGCCUGGUGACUUGGCACUGUCCAUGACCUAUUUCGUUAAAUCAAGAACGAUAAACGCAAUCCUUUUUGGCUGCGACGAUGAAACCAUGGAUAAGGUCAAGUGGCGAUUGAGAAACGCAGAAGGCAACGUAUGCCAUCCACUGUUGCUCGUUGGUAUUUUCGCGGAGCUCGAACGAGCACGCCAAUUUGCACUUGUCGACCACAACUUCGACAAAUUGCUGGAUAUUGCAUCUCAACUGAGCCAAAAUGAGAAAGAUGUCCAUGGCUCCAUUGAACCAUGGCUCGAUAUCUACUAUCUCAAAAUAGCACUACAGACCUGGAAAAAGCAACUGCAGAAAGUUGUAGAUCAUGUAGAUGAGCUAUCGGCAGCUUGGCGGGUGGGAGUAGGACAGACUGCGGAAACGUGUGCAGCUUUCCAGUCCAAAGCACAAAGCGCCGGUAGUCGAAUAAAAGAGCGGAUACUCGAAAUAAUGGACGACUACGACGAGAAGAUCAGCGAGUGUGAGAUGAUCAUAGAAGGGAUGACACUGGCUAAUUCUCUGGGCCACAGCAAAGCCAACACAAGUAUUGCGGUGUCGACGAAAGAAGACAGCAGCCAAAUGAGGUCGAUCGCGUUUCUCACAAUGGUGUUCCUUCCCGCGACAUUUGUGGCAACACUCUUCUCGAUGACCUUCUUUCAGUGGAUUCCGGAUGACUCUGAGAAGAUGGUAUCGCCUUUUCUUUGGAUAUACUUUGUCGUGGCGCUUAUUUUGACGUUGUUCACAGUGUGGCUUCUGCGAAGGCUUGCAAACCCGAAGAAGACGAAAAAGUUGGGAGUGGAAGAUCCGGAAAAAGGAUUGAUCCCGCGAGGAAUCCCGCGGGUGUUGCAAUCUAUUAAUUGGAAGAUCCAGAAAGUCAAGCGCGAGUCUGAAAAGCUUCACGAUUGA